CCUCUCUCCUCUUCAGACGCUCAGAACCUAACAGGUGACCACACCUGUGCUGUGAGAGGGGGCGGAGCCUCAGGUGGGUCGGGUUCAAGUUCUGCAGAAUCAGGUCCGGUUCUCCAGUCGCUCCGACUCGGUUUGUGUGAACAGAAGGAGAAGCAAAGAUCUGAUCAGAUAAAAGAUGGCGCAGCAGCAGGAAGUCCAGCAGGAUUUUGAGGAAAAACUUUUCAAAGUUCGCAGUGAAUUUGUGAAGAGAGUUUCUGAGGAAAUCCUGAUUCAGCUCCUCGAUGACCUGGAAACAGACGGUGUCUUUAAUCUUUCGGAGAAACGGGCAAUACUUGAAGGGAACCAAAUAACAGCAAACAAGGCCCGGGAGACCAUAGAUGCUGUGAGGAUGAAAGGACAGAGAGCCAGUGAAAUGAUGAUCCAGCAUCUUCACAACAUAGAUCCUGCCCUGUCCAAUCAGCUGAGUUUGUCCUCCAACUUCUCUGAUUUAGAUUUUGAUGAUCGAUGUCAACAUGACCUCAAAGAGUCUCUAAAGAAUACCUUGGAAUCUAUCUGUGAAGGCAUUGCAGAACGUGGAGAGAAAACAUUUCUGAAUGAUAUUUUCACAGAGCUCUACAUAUUAGAAGGAGAAACUGGAGGGGUCAACCAGGAACAUGAGGUCAGACAGAUUGAAACAGCAUCCAGUAAUCAAGGAGCAAAAAUAAAACUGGAAAAUAUCUUUGAACCCAACCCUGCUAGAAAGCAACGGAUCAGAACAGUGAUGACCAUGGGAGUGGCUGGCAUUGGGAAAACACUGUUAACACAGAAGUUCACUCUGGACUGGGCUGAAGAUAAAGCCCACCAGAACAUCGACUUCAUAUUUCCAUUUACUUUCAAAGAGCUGAAUAACUUGAAAGAAGAAGCUUUCAGCUUAGUGGAACUGAUUCAUCACUUCUUUGAGAAUAUUAAAAAUGCAGGAAUCUGCAGCUUUAAAAAGUUCCAUGUUCUUUUCAUCUUCGAUGGUCUGGAUGAGAGUCGACUUCCUCUGGACUUCAAGAAGAAUCCAGUUCUGACUGAUGUUAAAAAGUCCACUUCACUGGAUGUUCUGCUGACAAACCUCUUCAUGGGGAAACUGCUUCCCUCUGCUCUCCUCUGGAUAACCACACGACCUGCUGCAGCUAGUUUGAUCCCAAAUAAGUCUAUUGACAGGGUCAUAGAGGUCAGAGGGUUCACUGACCCCCAGAAGGAGGAGUACUUCAGGAAUAGAUUCAGAGAUGAUGAAGAGAAGGCCAGCAGGAUCAUCUCCCACAUCAAGAAAUCAAAAACUCUUCACAUCAUGUGUCACAUCCCAGUUUUCUGCUGGAUCACUGCUAAAGUUCUGGAGAAUGUGAUGAAGACCAGAGAGGGAGGAGAGCUGCCCAAGACCCUGACUGAGAUGUACAUAGAGUUCCUGGAGGUUCAGACCAAAAUCAAGGAGGAAAAGUAUGAAGAAAUAGCUGAAGAAGAUCCAGAGAACAAGAAGCUGAUUGAGUCUCUAGGAAAACUGGCUUUUGAGCAGCUGCUGAAGGGAAACCUGAUCUUCUAUGAUAAAGAGCUCAAACAGUGCGGCAUCAACAUCAAAGAUGCUGCGUUGUUCUCAGGAGUGUUCACUGAAAUGUUUAAAAAGGAGAGAGGGACGCGCGACAUCUCCGUCUACUCCUUUGUUCAUCUGAGCAUCCAGGAGUUUCUGGCUGCAGUCUACAUGCUCCACUGUUUCACCAGCAGGAAGUCAGAGGUGAUCAAGACGUUUCUGGGAGAAGAAUACAGAGAAACAACUCUAGAUGAGUUCAUGAAGGAAGUCAUGGAGAAAUCCCUCAGCAGUGAAAAUGGCCACCUGGACCUGUUUGUCCGCUUCCUUCAUGGUCUCACUGUGGAGUCCAACCAGAGCAUCUUAGGAGGCCUGCUGGGUCAGACAGAGAACAGUCCAGAAACCAUCCAGAGAAUCAUCACCAACCUGAAGGAGAUGAACUCUGACUAUAUCUCUCCUGACAGAAGAAUCAACAUCUUCUACUGUCUGGUGGAGAUGAACGACGUCUCAUUUUAUCAGGAGAUCCAACGGCUGCUGGAUUCAGGGAAGGAGCUCUCAGAGACUGACUGUUCAGCUCUGGCCUUCAUGCUGCAGGUGUCAGAGGUUCUGGAUGAGUUGGACCUGGAGAAGUACAACACAUCAGAAUCAGGACGACGGAGACUGGUUCCAGCUGUGAGGAACUGCAGAAAGGCUCGACUUGGUGGCUGUUCGCUUCAAAAGGCUGAAUGGGAAGUUUUGGCCUCGGCUCUGAAGUCCAACCCAGAUCUGACUGAACUGGAAAUAAGUGAGAUCAAUCUGGAAGGGAGAACCUUGAAAGACUCUGAUCUGAAGCCUCUGGUUGAGAUCCUGGAGAGUUCAGUCAGUAAAGUGAAGAAACUGAGCAUGGUAAAUUGUUCCUCCAGAUUCAAGAAUCGGCCACAAAAAGGCUGCAGACUGGAGAGAUUGAGUAUCCUUGGCUGCAGUUUAUCAGAGACCAGCAGGACUUCUCUGUUCUCAGCUCUGAAGUCCAACCCGACCCAUUUGACAGAACUGAACCUGUACGGAACCAACCUGGAAGAUUCUGGAGUGAAGGAGCUCUGUGGUUUUCUACUGACUGAAGGCUGCAGACUGGAGACAUUGAGAUUGAAUCUCUGCAGUUUGUCAAAGAUCAGCUGUGAUUAUUUGACCUCAACUCUGAAGUCCAACCCGACCCGUCUGACAGAACUGGACCUGGGAGGAAACGACCUGAAGGAUUCAGAUGUUCAGCAGCUGAAGGAUCUUGUAAAGACUGUUUGGUUCGAUGAUUCUGAUGAUUCUGACUUGUCCGACUGAUGAUCUCAGUAAAGUAGAAAAUGGUCUCUGUGUCCUGCUGAUCCUCAGAGGUUGAAGCUGCAGCAGUUUGAGUCUAAAGAGACUCUGACUGGAUCAUGAUGAUGACCUCUGACCUCCAAGAUUUCCC